AUGUGGAAAAAAGAUUUCUUUUCUCUAAACUAUAGUUUUAGAGGCGAAGGAUUUCUUGGUCUAUGUGUGGAGAAGGAGGGUAAACUCAUUUACUUUGUAAAUGUCUACGCCUCUUGUGACAAAGUUACUAGAAGGAGGACUUGGAAAAAUAUUUGCGAGUUCAAGAACAAUAACAUUGAAGGAUCUUGGUGCAUUGGCGGAGACUUCAAUUCUAUUUCUUCUUUAGAUGAAAGAAUUGGAGUUACUAACGGUGGUCAUAGUAGGGAGUUAAGAUUCUUUAAUGAGUUCAUAGAGGCAAUGGAUUUGGUGGAUCUCCCCACUAUUGGUGGCAAGUUUACUUGGUUCAAAAGUAACGGGAAGGCUAUGAGUAGGCUCGAUAGAUUCCUUCUGUCGAAGAGUUUUGUAGAAGAUUGGAAGGUGGUUGGGCAACAUAUAGGUGAGAGGGACGUGUCCGACCAUGCUCCCAUUUGGUUGAAAGAGAAUAGAAAGGAUUGGGGUCCUAAGCCGUUCAAGUUCAACAACUUGUGGCUUAAGCAUGACGAUUUUGGGAGUUUUGUGGAAAAGGAGUGGAGAAAGAUGGUAGUUAAAGGAAGAGGAGACUAUUGCUUGGUUGAAAAGUUGAAAACUCUUAAAAGUCGGAUCUCUUGGUGGAACAAAACGGUCUAUGGGUGGAUAGACCUCAAAAUUGACAAAGAUGUGAAAGAAAUGAAUUCUUUAGAUAACUUGUUUGCUCGUUUUGCAAGUAACGUUCCGGAAGAUGUGGUUAACAAAAGGUUGAAAGUGGCGGAGGAUUUUUGGGAAAACAUAAACAAAAAAUAA